CUAAAAAAAAGUAACACGACGACGACGCUAUCUCAGUUCAGUUCAACACAGCAGCACCGCCUCUGUCUCCCCUCUGCUCCCAAUCCAUGGCUGCUCCGCCGCGGCGAAACCCCAACCACGGCGGCAAGAGGAAGGAUGAGGAGCCGUGGCUCGCGGCGGGCAUCCGCCCGGCCAACUUCCUCCCGGGCCUGGCCAUCGGGUUCCUCCUCGGCCUCUCCUCCUCCUGGAGGCCGAGGAUCAGCCUCCCGUCUGCCCCGGCGCCACGGGGCUCCAAGCGGGCCGCCGUCGGUUCGUCCGCCGCCCCAGCACCAGGCGAAGAGCUCAAGAUGGUUUUAGUUGUGCGUCAGGAUCUUAAGAUGGGGGCUGGGAAAAUAGCGUCUCAAUGUGCCCAUGCGGCAACUGGCUUGUAUGCGGAUCUGUUGGCAAGCAACCGAGUUCUUUUGAGACAAUGGGAACAGUUCGGACCAUGCAAGAAUCAACAGGAAAUGAACAGGAUAAAGGAAACUGCAGAACACCGAGGUAUCCCAACUUUUGUUGUUGCAGAUGCAGGUACUGGCUGGGUCUAAGACAGUUCUUGCAGUAGGGCCAGGGAGGAAAGCAGACAUAGAUUCAGUUACUGGGAAAUUGCGCUUACUGUGAGCUGCAUCUUGGGCAUGAACAUCCACCACAGUCUGGUUUUAUCAUCCCGGUUUGAGAACCGGAAUGCUUUGGUUCGGCCAGGAGCAUCAGCCCGGUUUUAUCAUCUCGUGCAAGCGCCGCCUGCUCUUUUGCCGUCUCUUUUUGCACCGAUGGAUACGUACGGCGACGAGUGGUUUACACGUCCGAAAGCAAAGCACAUAAACCGGCGUCCGGGCUGAUCAAUUGGUAGCAUGGCACUGUGGGCAUAUGAUGGUCGGCAGCGCUGCCGUGCCAUGCGCCCAACUUAUUUUCCUGCACGACGGGACUGCCUGCCCGAAUAUGGAGCCCCGGCCGGCAGUAGGAACAGGGGGUAGUAUAGAAACAGAGCCUACGGUAGAAGAAUAGAAAAAAGAUACUGGGCCGUUGGAUCAGCCACGUACGCCACAGAUUCCAGAGGAUGGAUCUGUACUCAUAACUACACAACUCUGUGCAAAAACGUCCCUUUUUUCCCAACUAAUUUGCUUUAGGUCCCUCUCCUUCAAAACGACUCUCCCUGUCGCUCGCUCCCCUGUUCCCCAAUCUCUCGUCGACGGUGGCGGCUGCCUAGAUAAGCAGAUCCGGUGCUUCCGUGGUGGACGACGGCACCUUCUCCCUGCCUCCUCCCAUCCUACUCCGGCAUCCACGUUGCUUGGCUCCGUCCCCAGGCAUCUCCUCGCCUCCUUGGCCUCGCAGGAUUAGCAACAAGAUUUAGCUCCAAAGCGCCUCACCUGUGGUUUUAAUUAUAUCUGCUGAAACGGUCAAGCCCACUGCAUUUAUUUUCAAAGGAGUGAAGAGAGAGUCAGAGCAAAAAUACACGAGCAGAGUAGAUUUUGGUCUGAUUUCUCCCGGCACAAGAAGCUCGAUGAGCAAUAAGCACUAGUAACAGAGGCUUUUCUAUUGUGUACCAUCAAGUAGCAAAAGUUGAUGCAAUUUCUACUGGCAAUGCUUGCUGAAACGGCAAUUAUUUUGGUCCUUCAUAAUUAGUCUUGCAUGAAAUGUACCAAAAAGGAUCCUCUCAUGAUAUGUUACACUUGAUAGGAUAUGUAUGUGUGUCUCUUCUGUUGUGUUCGGUCUGCGAUCAUGCAAUUUCAAAUGUAUGUUUAGUUAUGAUUUGGGACUAAAGGCUUUGUUGUUGUUGUUGUUUGUUUAGUUAUGAUUUCAGGUGGAUGGAUUAA